CGGUGUCGUAAUUUUGGUGGCAGAAACUUGACAGUUGGUCUGCCGAUACUAUCAUACUUCUACUCCCUCACUGGGGCCUGUUGAAUUUCAGAUAUUAGCCUCCUCUGCCCUUCAGUUUCUCAAGCAACACCAACAGCAAGAAAUAACUCAUUCACGAGAUCGAUCGAUUUACACAGAAAAUGAGCAGCGACAAGGCUCCGAAUCCAACCGCUGCUUCUGCUGCAGCGGCCAUUAAUGCAUCGAUUGAUACUAGCAGUGGCGCUGGCGCUGGCGCUGUUGCUAAUGCUAACGCAAGCCUUCAUCCCGGCGUUGAAUCCAGUAAGGGCGUCAAUGGCCUCGACAAGCUCGUCCUCCAUGAUCCACGAGGCAGUUCCGCGGAGGUGUAUCUGUACGGGGCUCAUGUAACUUCAUGGAAGAAUGAUCAUGGAGAGGAAUUGCUAUUUGUUAGCAGUAAGGCUAUAUUUAAGCCUCCAAAAGCAAUUCGUGGGGGAAUCCCAUUAUGCUUUCCGCAAUUUUCCAAUCUUGGUUCUCUUGAUGCUCAUGGAUUUGCUAGAAACAGAGUUUGGAGCAUCGACACCGAUCCAUCUCCUUUCGCAACAAAUAGCCCCAAUAAAGUUUCUGUUGACUUGAUCCUUAAGCCUACCGAGGAAGAUAUGAAGACCUGGCCUCACAGUUAUGAGUUCCGACUGCGGGUAGCUUUGGGACCCGGAGGAGAUCUGACGUUGAUAUCUCGCAUCAGGAAUACUAACACCGAUGGGAAGCCGUUCACAUUCACAUUCGCAUAUCACACUUACUUCUCUGUUUCAGAUAUCAGCGAAGUUCGUGUAGAAGGAUUGGAAACAUUGGAUUAUCUUGACAACACUCAGAACAGGAAACGUUGCACUGAACAAGGCGAUGCUAUAACAUUUGAGUCAGAGGUGGACAAGAUAUAUCUCAGCACUCCCACAAAGAUUGCCAUUCUGGAUCAUGAGAAGAAGAGAACAUUUGUAAUACGCAAAGAUGGUCUUCCAGAUGCCGUUGUAUGGAAUCCCUGGGAUAAGAAGGCGAAGGCUUUGACUGAUUUUGGAGAUGAUGAAUACAAGCAUAUGCUGUGUGUGGAGGCCGCUGCUAUUGAGAAACCUAUAACAUUGAAACCUGGAGAGGAGUGGAGAGGAAGGCAGGAGCUUUCAGCUGUUCCUUCCAGUUACUGCAGCGGACAACUCGAUCCUCGAAAGGUUCUCCAGGGAAUCUGAAAGGUCCAUCAUGCUGGCCUAUAUUUUGUACAGGUAUGUUGUUGCAUAUGUACAUCGGUCGGGACAACAAAUUCUGCUCACUAUUUUCACCUGGAGAAGUUAGUGUGUGGGGUGAAAUGAUCGAAUCAUGAGUACAUGACUCAAGAUAAUAUGUUUUUAAAGUCGAAUUUGGUGGAAGGAAAUUACCUCGAGUGAAAAUGGUCGACACUUGCUACGGUGGAUGAGAGACUACAUGUUUCUAUCAAAAGAUAUCUCUUACAUGGGUUGAAAGUAAAUGAUAUUUUCGUUUUACAUUCGAUUUAUAUAUUACUCGUGAUCCACGGAAAAAGCGAGAUGAAAUUUGAACA